CUUUUUCAAAUCUUAUUGGACUCUAGGGAGGAAACAAACAAGCCACGAGGAUUAUUCGCAUCCCACAGGAAGAUACAUCUCCUUGCCGCCGCCUUUAAUUCUGGAAAGCGUGCGAUGAAACGGGUUGUGCAUUUCUGCCUGCGGCGCGAGGAUUCGACCGGGCGGCUCGUGAAUCUCGUGCUACAGCGGCGAGCGGUGGUUUCCGGGCAGAUGCCGAUUGGCGGCGACGACGGCAAAGGCUGGGAGCUACGCCGCGGGCAUCACCUCCAGACGAGCGCCGGCCUCCACUCGACGAUCCGAACGGCGUGCGGCCGGAUGUUCGAUCCGCAAACCUACCACGAGAUGCUGCAGGCCUGCUGCGAUCACCAGUGGCUCUUAGCGAUCCAGCGCGAGCUGUGCACGGAUACGGAGUAUAUGAAUUACCUCCGGCAGCACGGCGGGGCGGCGCGGGAUAUGCGCGUGCUCACAGAUAGCAUCUACGACGACGAUGAGUUCAUGGUGAAGUUGAUCGAAAAGCUCAAGACGGAUUUCAAGACCUCGCUUUCACUUUGUGCGAUUCAGGCGAGCUACGAGCGCAUUCGCCGGAAGAGGGAUGAGCACGAGACGCAGGUCGCCGCGGACGGCGGGCGCGAUCCGUACGCGUCGCUGAAGACGGGGAGGCAAAGGGAGUUCGGCUCGAGUCGAUCUCCUUUUUAA